AUGACUGAGCUAUGCACAUUUCUGAAGAAGAGAAGCAACUGCGGGAAAUUUCAGACCCAAAAGGACAGUCCCCAUAAGGGAGACGCAAGGGAGACGCAAGGCAACCAAAAGUAUCCUUUAGAAGACACAGUUAGCAAGAAGCGUCAUUCAGGAGACGUAGGGUGCGCUAGGAAUUUCCUAAGGGAGAUCCAGGUUCCUAUCCGUUUCCUGAGGGAGGUAGGAUGGUCACACAACAUCCUUCGGGGCAGGCAACCCACAAGAAGCGUCAUUCGGGAGACGCAGGGCGUGUUAGGAAUUUCGUAA